AUGCCAAAUCCCAUUAAGGACAUCGCCCGCGUGGACACAACCUCAUUCCCAUACAUUGUCGAGGAGAACGUUAGUAUCCUUCUUGCGAACGACGCUGGCAUUAUUCGUUGCAAUGUGUACCGCCCCAAAGAUGUCCCCAACGCACCCGUUUUGGUGACCUAUGGUCCCUAUGGCAAAGAUCUUCACUACAAAAACUUCGCCAUCAACUCCUACAAUGAAGUAAACCCCGAACAUCAUUCUGAUCACUCUGCGUGGGAGACUCCAGACCCUGGAUUUUGGACUAAGCAUGGCUAUGCUGUUGUUCGCGCCGACGAGCGGGGCUUGGGCCAGUCUCCUGGUAUCUUGGACACGAUGUCUCGUGGCACCAGCGAGGCCUUUGUGGAUGUGGUUGAAUGGGCCGCACAACAGCCUUGGUCCAACGGAAAGCUUGGCCUUCUUGGUAUUAGCUACUAUGCUGGUAGCCAGUGGCGUGUCGCCGCACGCCAGCCCAAGGGAUUGGCUUGUAUCAUUCCCUGGGAGGGAAUGUCCGAUUACUAUCGUGAUCGUUGCCGCCACGGCGGUAUCCUGUCGAACGCCUUUAUCAAGUUCUGGUGGGAUCGCCAGGUUGUUUCGAACCAAUACGGUCUUGCUGGACGCGCGGCACGCAACUGGGGUCCUGAUACCAUCGAAGGUGACCUCUCAGAGGAAGAACUGGUCGCCAACCGGAACGAUCAGAAUAUUGACAAUCUGAAGAACCGAUUCCGCGACGAUCCUUAUUAUUCUUCCAAAGAGUAUAGCAUGGAGGAUAUCAAAGUUCCUCUGCUUAGCGUGGCUAACUGGGGUGGUAUCCUGCUGCACCUGCGCGGCAAUGUGAUGGGUUAUAUGAAUGCCGGAUCAGACUUGAAAUAUCUUCGUUUCAUUACUGGCCGCCAUGACUUGCCUUUCUACUACAAGGAGGAAGUUGAGGUUCAAAAGAGCUUCUUAGAUGCCUUUCUGAAGGAAGAAGACAAGGCUGGCUGGAGCACAGGUGCAGCACCCAAGGUUGAUGUCUUGUUAAGAAAGGGCAAUCUCGGCUUUAACAACGCUGAGGCAGAGAAGACCUAUGGUCGACGUGUUGAGAACGAGUGGCCUAUUGCCCGGACUCAGUACACCAAAUUCUUCUUGACUCCCUCUCAGCAGCUGGAAAUCAAGACACCGGAGCCGGAAUCCAAGCUGGCUAAGCUUAACUAUCGUGCGCUGGGAACUCUCGAUAAACCAUCCCUCCUGCAAUUUUCUACCCCCGCCUUCGAGCAGGAAACUGAGGUCACAGGUCACAUCACAGCUCACUUGAACGUUUCCGUUACUCCAGACAAGGGAGGACCUUUGCCUUCUGAUAUUGAUCUCUUCUUGACUCUGCGAUACAUCUCCCCCUCGGGAGAGGAAGUUUUUUAUACCGGAACUGCGGGUGAUCCCGUGCCUUUGACCAAGGGGUGGCUCCGUGUUAGCAUGCGGAAGAUCAACGACCAGCACUUGAGACACAAUGAGCAUAUCCCCUACAGAGACUACUUCUCGAGCGAUGUCUUGCCCGUCAUGCCUGGGGAGGUUUAUCCCGUUGAUGUGGAGAUCUGGCCUACGAACAUCGUGAUUGAGAAGGGCGGCAAGCUGAUCCUGGAGGUCGCGUCCGGUGACACACAAGGCUCAGGCAUCUUUCAGCAUAAUGAUCCGACUGACCGUGCCACCGAGAAAUUACAAGGAACUAACCACAUUCACUUCGGGUCAUCCUACGAGAACUUUGUUACCUUACCGAUCAUUCCCGAUGCGUAA